AUGGCACAAUUCCCUAGCAAUCGUAUGGUAUAUUAUGAUGAUUCGAAUGAUCUUAUCUUGGCAUCGUUUGGCGGACUGCGUUUUCCGGAUACGAGGCCUUCAGUGGCGACAGACUACAAGUUACGUUUCUUCCAGGCUGGAUUGUUCCUGAAUGGUGUCCAGUAUCGAUUUUAUGGACAUAGCAAUAGUCAGCUGCGCAGUGGUGGUUGCUUUCUACGCCGAGCGAAUUCGGACGAAGAGCUGGAUCAGGUCGUGUACGCUAAGGGCGACUUUGGGAAAAUCAUGAACGUCGCAAAACGUGCAAAGCGUAUCGGUUUACUCUUCUCCGGCGCGGAAGUGGAUUAUAUGCUCGACCCUCAGUACACAGGCGAUAUCGACGACCUCAAGAUUGGAGACGAGGUAUUUUCGGACGGUUGUGGCCUCAUUUCAAGAUGGCUCAGCGUUCAAAUCAGCAAAAAGAAAGGAAUUGUGCACAAUAGACGACGCUACACACCCUGUGUCUUCCAGAUCAGAUAUCGUGGGUACAAGGGCGUCCAGAUGCUGCAUCCUCCGCUAGAUGCGGCGAAGAUCCACCAGGCCGAGUUCCGCAAGAGCCAGAAGAAAUUUACCGCUACAGACGACAUGAUUUUCUCCAUCGUCGAUUAUUCAAAACCCCACACCUUCGGCCGUCUCAACAACGAAAUCACCAUCCUGCUUUCGAGCCUUGGCGUUACGAACGACGACUUUGUGGCUUUACAGCAGGAGUACUUUGACUGGGUCCAGAGAGCAUCGUCCGAUCCUGUCCAUGCCUUUGAGCUUUUCUCUACCUUGGGAAAGCACGACAUUGCCGAGCGCGUUCUCCUCGAUGGGUUGGACUCCCCUACCAUCGUGAAACAGAUUCGCUCGGCACAGGCAGCCGAGAUCCAGGCCUUUCACAAGGAGGGUGAUGCUACAAAGGAGCGAGUGCGAAUGCUGAUUCGCAAGUCUCGUCGCUUGUUCGGGGUGUGCGAUCCUUUCGGGGUUCUAAAGGAAGGUCAAGUCCACGUUCGCAUCACGGUGUCGAGAGCCGGCGCUUCAACCAUCAACCAUUUGGACGUGAUUGUCGUACGAAACCCUUGCUUACACCCUGGUGACAUCCUCAAGCUCCGUGCUGUCGAUCACCCUCAACUCUCCCACCUUGUGGACUGUGUCGUAUUCCCCUCAGUUGGUAAAAGAGCCGCCCCUUCUAUGAGCUCUGGAGGUGACUUAGACGGUGACGAGUACUUUGUAUGCUGGGAUCCUCGAUUGGUGCCUAAGAAGAUCUCAGAGUCUUAUACGUAUCCACCCAACAAAGAGUUUACUCAAAAUAAGAUCACUCGUCAAGAUCUUGCCAGGCACUUUGCGUCCUACAACAACUCAGGAAUGGCCAAAGCCGCAAAGUACCAUAAUAAGUGGGCUCGAUAUCCGCCCGACGGUGCUCUCAGCAAAGAGUGUCAAGAGCUCAAUGCACUCUACUCCCAAGCCGUCGAUGGCGCUCGCGUUUCGAUUCCCGCUCGAUUGACAGAAGUACCAGAAUCCAGGCCAGACUUCAUACUCGACGUCCUCUCACAGGAGGCGAGAGCAUUUAGUGAACGAAUCGAUCAAACGGCCGCCACCAAUAUUACCACGGUUGAUCUGGACAGAGAGGGCGCCGUGACGCUUGUUCGACGCCUUCUCUCUACUGAGGAACCCACCCUCUCGGAGUACCGCCUUGUAGAACUUGCCCGUCGUGUCGCACGAAAGUAUAACAUCGACUUCCACCCGUUCUUGACCCAAGUCAAUUUUGGAGCUCUAGGUGCACACGAAAAGCAAGAACUCUCGAUGUCCAUGGGCUUCAUACCGGCAGCGGAACCGUACAUCUGGAACAGUCUCCUGCGGUCCGACAUACUCACGUCUUCCGAAUUGACAGAGAAGAAGCUGGGUGGCCCUCUGAGAGUUCAGCGCCUGUAUUCCUCCAGGGUCAACGGUCUUUAUGCUUUCUUCGAGUACAUGCAACGUGCUGCGCAAGACUACACUAGAAAGCUCCUCUUCAAUCGCCAGCGUGCCAACACAUUCAUAUUUAUCGCUCGCCCUCCAGCAAACUCCGGCGAGGAGAUUGUGACGAGUAUCGCUUUACAGCAGAUAUCGGGACCAGUUCAACGCCAAAUUGGACGCCUCAAUCGAGCUCCGGUUGUAGCAAUCGAAAUUCACGUCGUUUCAAAUCGCGACGGGGUUGCUCACCAAUUGUUCGACCUUCGUUUCGAACAUGUGGCUACCGAGGAGUUCGUCAGCCGGUUCGCGUCUCAGCGACCGUCUCCGUAUGUCCUCAACCAGAUCACCGAAGAGGAGUUAACUGCCCUUCCGGCCGAACAACGCAGGAUAUUCCACAAGCCGUUAGACAGCCUGAGGGAACAUCUCUCGACUCUUCUUCCCGAAGUUCUCGAUAAAGUGGCUGAACUCGCCUGGAAGUACCACGCCGAGAACGCUCUCUUCAUGACCUUCGACACCAUCCUAUCUCGUAGGCCGUUGAACCGCCAUUACCUUGAGAAAUGGAUGGAUCGCCAGCCAUUGCUGGUCUUCUCACUUCUCAAAUCCUUCGUUCCGUCGGAAGGCCUUCUGCACGAAGAUAUGGCCUCUAUCGAUACCCUCUUCAUUGUUAGACAAAUACUUCGCUCUGUCAACGUGGUCGGUAUAGCUUCCCUUUCUGCGCUGGAGAGGAUCAGGUCGUCCAUUGCAUCUCUCUCCAUCACACAUUACCUAGACCUUCUCCAGCUGGCUUCUUUGUGCGUUCGUGCGCCACAGCUGAUACAAGAGGUCCUCCUCACCCUCCACGAAUGUAGGGAGCCCAUCUAUUCUCGGUCUCCCGCUAGCACCUAUAUCCACAAACACUCGUUAGCUGUCUCAUGCGAUCGCGCGGAGGAGGCUAAUGACGAAUGUCCCUGUGACGACGAGGGACACCCGAGGAGGCAGUCUAAGGCGCCCCUACUAGUCGAUCUUCGUCCUGUGGAGGAUAAGCCGGCAGAGAUCUUGGCUCAUAUCCGUGUCGAUGCGCCCGCUGCCAUCCAACUGCAUUCACAUGUUCGUCUGCGAGCUGGAUCCAAGCCAGAGAGGGGCUGGGUAGCGCCUAUCGUUUUGGAUGGAUUGGUGCUGGAAAUGAGUCCGGGACAGGCAAGGAUUUCGUUGAUGCACACAGCUCCUCCGGAAGUUCUCCAAAUUCAGUGGUACUUAUACAACGCAGGCAGUAUAGCAACGUUCAAGGCCCAGAUGGACGCUAUACAUCGUCUCGCCACAGAAAGUGCAGAAUGUUGUCGAUUUCAUCGUGCUAUAACCGGUGAUUCGCUCACCGAGGAAGCCUCGCAGGAACUCUCGGAAGCGUCUCGAAAUGUGGAUGAAACGCAUGCAGAUGUAUCGGAUCCCGAUGAAGAAAUUCAAGAUGAGUUGAACCACAGCCAGCGAGUUGCCGUGCGGGCGAGCCGGACCUCCCAAGUCACACUUAUUUGGGGCCCUCCCGCCGUCGACAAUGUGCUCGAACGUUUCGAGAGGGUCGUGAACGAAGAACAUAUUGUGCCCAUAGAGCAGGUUCUCCGCGUUGCUACCGAUUCGUCCAGAGUCAACAAGUCCGUAAAGAGUUUCACUGUGGAAAGCAGAGUGGGCGGCGAAAUCAAUCGCAACUCGAAUCGCCGUGAUAAGGCGGAAAAGCUCAUCAAGAAGGCGACGAUAGUGUUUACCACAUGCGCUGGGGCAGGUUUAGGAUGCAAGAAGGCGAUUCUGGUCGGAGAUCAUGUUCAAUUGAGACCUAUGGUUCGACCUCUCGGCCGUACCCUUAUGCACGAUGUCUCAUUAUUUGAACGUCUGUACACGGGAGAAAGUCAGCCAGGGCUAAGUAGAACCAUGCUCGAUGUCCAGUAUCGUUUCCCCGAAGCCAUAGCCCGCUUUCCUUCCUCAGAGUUCUACAACGGAGAACUGAGGACUGGAGUCAGCGAAAUCGAUGUCGGAUCAAAGCUUCGCGCCCUUCUCAACUCUCAAUUUCCCUGGCCUACAGCUGAAAACGUCGUUGUGCCGGUCGUAUUCGUCCCGUGUUCGGCAGAAGAAGACUACGGUGGAAUGUCGAAGGGUAAUACAGGACAGGUUGAGCUCAUCAAGCACACCGUGAAGCUCCUCGCCAGCCCCAAGCCAUCCCCAGAGUCGAUAUCAUCUCCCAAUAAUACAGCUACCAGCUCCAAAGGAAAAGAUCGCGAGCGACCGAAAGAGAGAGUAGACUUCGAGCACCCGGACAUCACUGCCCUCUCUCCAUAUACCAAACAAGCCAAGGCUUUACGCGAUGCACUCUCCUCGAGCAACACGCAUAGCUACACGAUCGACUCAUUUCAAGGCCGCGAGAGCGACAUUAUUAUCUUCUCGACCGUGCGUUCUAAUGUGGACAACGAUGUGGGCUUUGUCGAGGAUGCGCGCAGGCUCAAUGUGGCUUGGACACGCGCGAAGCUCGCGUUAAUCGUUGUGGGCGAUCGAAGAACGAUGACCGGGAAUGGCGCGCAGGGAAUGUGGAGUAGGGCUAUCGGGGCCUGCGUUGAAGUCAAUAUACCGAUGCCGUCGACGCCACCUCAGUGACUUUGUCGGGCAAAGAGGACGAGAUGUGCCUCGGGCCGGAGGUCUACCGCCGUGAAAGAAGAAAUGGUGAGAAGGAGAGGGGGAGCUUAUUGUCUUGUUGUCGCGAAGACGCGCACGCCCCAUUGACUGAACUAUCCUACUUUGGACUGUAAGUGUCGUAACAGC